CAUCUCCUUUUACUAUCCACUAGUAUUAUCAAUCUUUCAGUGUCACAAGUAUUCAUUGGACAAAUUAGGCUACAUUCUACAUGUAGCAUUCUCCCCGAUAUCAUCUAAUGAUGGUGUGGACGCCGUUGGUUUUGGAUUAAAGUGAACCUGAUUUUUCGUUAUUUGUCCGUUAUCGAAUUUCAUUGUGUUUUUGCCAUAAUUCAACAUGGUUUCUACUAGCACCGAAAAAGUACAUUCGUACUACCGUGUUCACCAAAAAUAUAAAUCUUUAUCGGAAUUGAAUGGAAACGAAAAAAUGCACGGUGUCAAACGAGUGAUGCUCUUUUGUUUGAUGACAGCCAUUCUCCCAGCCAUUCUGAUAUUCACUCCCUUGUACCUGCGCCACUACAUCUUCGCGGAUGUCACCAUCUCCGUGGCCGAAUCCGAUGUUAUAGCCAUUCGAGAGGGAUACUCUUCCAUUUUCUGCGACUCCCUGAAACUGACCAUGAAUUCAUCAUUCAAUGCGUUUCAACUGAUGGGAACCCCCAAAAUCAGCUCGAAGAGGAGGCACAUUCGCCUCAAGAAGUCGAUGACUCUACCGGAUGAUACGUUGGAGUACUGGGGAUUUUAUUUGCUAAAAGGGGCUACGGUUAGGUUAAAGGUUUGUUCUCGGCAUGAAGGUGCUCGAAUAUUAGUAGUUCGUGGUGGAAAAAAUCUCAAUACUUGUGGACUGAUGGAUCACAAUUAUCAGGCCUUUGGCGCCAAAAUGGAUGCAGAAUACAAAGAAGUUAAAGUAUUCGACGAAGAACCUGCUGAUUACCUUGCUGACAUAGAUAUGAACCUAGAAAUUGAUGAUGCUAGAGAGGAUGUGGCCGACGACACAGUUGCGGAUAAUUUGAUUUUCAAAGGUUUAGUAAGAACAGAUACUGAUUCUCAAAAACUGGACGGAACAGAUGCACAAGUAAGUCGCACUACAAAACCUAGACACCAUCGAAGACAUACAAAAAGAUGGAAGAGGGCAGUAGACGAACUCAAACGGUCUUUAGAAGGAACUGAAAGUCGACCGAAAAGGAGUAUAUCCCCUCUGGAUUCCAAAAUCAAACAUGGAGGAAACGCGAUGAAUUUUACAGAUGAUAUAAAUUUGGAGAGCGACAGUGUUUCCAGUUUUGAAACAGACCUCCUCAAAUGCUACGACAGUAAAAUCUUGCUAUCACGAGGAUUCGUGCCGAGUCGACUAUGCAAUUCCAUGGAUUAUUUGGAUCAGAGCAAUCACAUGGUGACAGAACAUACGGUGGUAUCGGACGGAUACUAUUACUAUAUUUUCUACUCAGACAAUGAUUUUGUCAAGAACGAUAUACACGCGGUUUUCAAUAUAUAUAAACCCACAUAUGGAUUCGCGAAUGCUAGUAGUGGCCAUGAAUGUUUGAAUCAGACUCAAUGCGAAUUUCCCAUUAAUUUUUUUUCUGAUGGAACAGUGAUAGUGGAAGUGCCUACACGAGAUGGAAUCGAACAUGAAGCUGACGACAUUACUCUGCUCACUAGUACUUGUAAGCCAAGAAUGGGCGUGUACAUGAUUUUUCCUGUUCUAGUAUUGCUUUCAAUACUGAUGUGUGCUUUCUUAUGAGUUCUCAAAGGUGCUUACGUUACGGGUAGUGGAGACGGAGUACUGUUGCAUUUUAUACGUACCACUUUGACAUGCAUAUUCUUCAGGUGCGUAUUCACUUGUUACAGAUGGCCCAUAAAGUAACCGCUAACUCGUUACGUUACGGCUAGUGGAAACGGAGUACUGUUGCAUUUUAUACGUACCACUUUGACAUGCAUAUUCUUCAGGUGCGUAUUCACUUGUUACAGAUGGCCCAUAAAGUAACCGCUAACUCGUUACGUUACGGCUAGUGGAAACGGAGUACUGUUGCAUUUUUAUCCGUACCACUUUGACACGUGUAGCCGUAAAGGCCGAAGCACCAUUUGUCUGUUUUUAGCCGUCGCAUCAAAAGAUUGUUAGUUACGUACGGCGACAAGCUGGACGAGUAUAUAUGUAUCACACAUCUUUGUCUGUCUUAUGCAGCGUUGGCUUGAAUGACUGAUACGUCAAAAUGCUUCCUGACGCGAAUCUUGUCAUCUUGCAACGAGCUGGUGUUACCUUACGGCCCAUUGACCCACAUGGAUGUGCGCCUACAAAUCGAACCACUAUUGCAUGCGACUUCGUUUCUCGUUCGGUUACGUUACGAAAUGAUUGAUACAGCCAAAACUACGGUGUUACGUUACGGCCCAUUGGCUCAUAUGGAUACCCACCUUAAGUUAUCGUCAGAUUUCCCAGAACUGGUAACUCUGAAUGACGUGAUCUCAUGUUAAAACACGUUCUAUUUUGUGAAUUUCUACAGAUUCCAGUGAUCUUAUGAGAACUACUUCAACACAUCAUUACUGAAACCGAUUUGUACACUAUAUUCUGAAACUGAAAUUAAUUCAUGGCAGAUAAUCUAUAUGGAGUUUGAAGUAAUCUGGAAAAAUUGCACACAAAAUAGCUUGCUUCUUACUUUACUUUCUGAAUAUCUCCAGCAAAAUUUGAUAUGAAAUAUGUAUGAGUGAUAGGAGUGAUUUCUAGAAGUUGAAUUCAAAAAUUCAAACAAUUUUGACCAAAAGUGUAACAUUUUUAUGGUUCGCACUCAUAUUAUUUCUCUUCUGAAAAUAUUCAUUUUCAUAAGUAGCAACUUUCUGUUAAAGAUGUAAAUAAUCUAAGUUAAUGAAUAAAUGUAAUUCAAAUUUU